AUGACCCGCUUAUCAGCUAACAACAAUAAUUUGGUGUCGCUCACCGAGGUUAUCAAGACCGCACCACCACCAAGACGACCUUCAUUAGGCACUCUAUUGCGGCGUAGUAAGUCUAAUGAGCCCAAACCCAGAAAAAAAUCACAAGCUAUUAUACGUGGCCUUGAGCUUGAGCGACAGCGGCAGGAAGCCGCCUUGCACCAACAGCCGCCUUUAUUGCAACCGACCCUUCCGCUGUUGUACGAAGACCAGAAACCCAUUUCUCUAGCAUAUAACGAUGAUGACAGCUUUUCCUCGGCAACAUUUGUCUCAAGCGUAGCAUUUCCUUCAACAAUAUCAGGCGAGAGCGACCGUUUGGCAGUUAAUUCCAUAUCCUUUGCUUUACCAUCUCCUGAGGGCUUCGAUUCAUGCUCGCGUUCUGGUAGCGUUAUGCAUCGCGGUCGAAAUAGCUAUGCCAAUAGUGCCUUUGGCGGCGCGAAUAAGCGUCAGGUUCGGAAAAAAAGAGGCCCGACUCCCUUUAAUAUAUUAAUCAUUGGCGCGCAGUCAUCGGGAAAAACCUCGUUUGUCAAUUUUUUCAAAAAAUCCUUGAAGUCAUCCCAGGAAACCUCACAUUUAGCCACUCUUCAAGAUGACAUCUUUGCUUCUCCGCACCCCAAGUUUGGAAAUUUCGAGAGGCAUUAUGUCGAGACCAAUAUUGACGGAGAGAAUGUCGGAGUAACUCUUUGGGAUUCUGAAGGGUUAGAGAAGCAUGUAAUUGACUUUCAAUUACGCGAGAUCAUGUCAUUUCUGGAAAGUAAAUUUGAAGAGACAUUUGCCGAAGAAAAAAAGGUGACCGGGACAUCACCAAAUGGAAUGCAGCUCUCAGAAUUGAAAAGUGGCCGGGUGAAAGACAAAGUAAAUGCAUUCAAGGUAUUGCUGGUGGGCUUGAUGAAGAUCUAG